AUGGCUGAAUCGGAUCCGGACCGGGAAGCCCGCCCGGUGACAAGGUCCAUGUCCUCUAGGCCCACUGCACCUCAACCCGAUACCUCUGAUGAGCCCCGGCAGGGUCAGGAGGUUGAGUCUGCCACGAGCCAACCAAUCAACCCUGAGGCUCGCUCAAGUUCACUGUCCCGGGCCAGUACCCCCUAUUCUCCCCGUUAUGAUCCCGAGCCCCAGCAGGAGAGGGCCAUCGAAGCCUCCAUGCAAGAGCCAGCUGCCUCCGCGCCACCCGAGCCCCAGCGCGGAACAGCUGACGGCGGAUCUCAAGAGUCCCAGGAAAAUGAGGACGCACCCGCGCCGCCUCCGAAGCGAAAGCGCGGACAAAAUAACGACGCUGAGACGCAAAACACCAAGAAAGGGGCUGGAUCCGCGCCGUCCAAGCGCAAGCGCGUGCCAGAUAGUAACGAGUCUCAAGAUUCGCAGGACGAAGACACCUCGGCGCAACCUCCUAAACGAAAGCGUGGGGAGAACAACGACGACGAGACGCAAGGUACCACGAAGAAAAGGGCCGCGUCCGCAGCGGCCAAACGGAAGCGCGGAAAGGAUGACGGCGACGGGCCCCGAGCCACCAAGAAAAGGGGCAAUGACGGAAACAAAGACGCUGAUGCCGAGCUUGACGACGACGACGACGACGACGACGGUGACGAUGACGAUGACGAUGAAGAGAGUGAGAAAGGGGAUACGCCACCGCCCAAGAGGCCCAGGAAGCCCAGGAAGCCCAGGGGCAAGAAGGUCCAGCAGGAUGCGGGCGACAAGGAUGGCGGCAACGAGCCCAAGCUCAAGGCGUGCAACUUUUGCACAAACGAUCCCGAAGGACAGCGCAUGGCAGCAGCAAGGCCGUGUGACUGGUACAUGGUCGGCAAGCACACGAUCGAGUGCACCAACUGCGCCGACCACCGGCUCGCCAACCCCGACUCAGACCACCAGUGCAAGAUCUUGAGGAGGAAGCAGGUCUGGCGGCGAUACGCCACCGAGGACCGAGACGACUAUGCUCCGUCCGCCUGUGACCACUGCGUCGCCAACGGCAAGGAGGGUGCUUGCGACGUCGACACCACCCUCGGAUACUCGUGCGGCAAAUGCCUCAAGACGGACUGCCGCGUCAACGGGCAGUUGAUGGAAAAGCGCCCCAACCUUCGCCAGGGCUUCGAGCGAUGGUUCCGCCAUGCCUGCGACACCUGCGACAAUCGAAUUGCCAAAAAGGGCGAGCCGGGCUGCAGCUGGCUUGGGGACCGCAAGUCCUGGACGAGACGAUGCACACGCUGCGAGAAUAACAAAAUGACCUGCUGGAAUGGCGGCUACCUCGUCGCACACCCGCCCGAGCCCAAUAUCCCGACAGCCUGGACCGUCACGCACAUGCUCAACGGCGGCUGGGCCGAGCUCCGGGGCGGCUCGCCGUGGCGGAAAAACUGCACCAACUGCGCCAUCAACCGCAACCACUGUCGAGCCAUGGCCGACGCGGCCACGAACGCCUGCAACCGGUGCUUGCAGAUGGGCCUCGACUGCGUCGACGACGCGGGAAACAGUUAUCCUCUCCCUGAUCUGAGCCGCGUCGGCUUUGGGAACUUCAUGCCCUUCAGGGCUUGCAGCCGCUGCAUCGCCACGGGACGCAACUGCGACCGCCAGCGACCCUGCGACUCGUGCGUGCAAAACGGAGAGGCUCACCUGUGCGACACCUUCAAGAUUGGUGACAGCGCCAACUUGAACUGCCACAACGGGCGGCUCGACCCUCCACCCGGGCCCAUCUACUACCUGGCUCUCGGGUACGGCGCGGGAGGCGUCAACGACCCCAAGGACGGAAAGAAGCUCGAGCACUGGAUCGGCCCUGGCUUCCCCGUAUAUUCGAUGCAAGGAGGAGAUGACAACAACCGGAUGGGCGUCGUGGCGACCGCAGAAGAGAUGGCGAGGGCUAUGCGACCGCAAGGGGCUCCUCCCCAUGGCCACCGUGGUGGCGCUCUCGAGGACACGCGCACGAGCCAGAUCUCGGUUCAAGACCUUGUCCAAAUGCUGAGAAACAACUGGCCGGAGGCGAAUAUUCCUAGCCAUUACGAGAAGUACACCGAUGCAGUGGCCGCCGCUAUGGCAAAGAGGGUCAGCUACGCUGACGGCAGGGCCCCGAGACGGCGCGGGACUACUCGUACUCCUGGUCCUGGUGCUGCUGCUGCCGCCGCCGCCGCCGCUGCUGGUGCUGGUGCUGGUGCCAGAGCUAGUUCCAGUGCUAGUGUCGGUGCCAGUGCUGAUGCCGGUGCCGGUGCUGAUGCCGGUGCUGAUGCCGGUGCCGGUGCCGGUGCCGGUGCUGAUGCCGGUGCCGGUGCCGGUGCCGGUGCUGAUGCCGAUGCCGGAGGAAACGAUGCCAACUCCAACCAAGUAACUCCCGGGCACACAAACGAUGAAGGGCCCCCAGGAGACGCGGGCCAGCCGGGAGACGGGCGUUCUAAAGAAGACGAAGCAAACGAUAGCGAUGAGACAGAGAUCGACCCCAACGCCGCAGGCGGCGGCGGCCACGACGACGACGACGACAAUGACGACAAUGACGACAAUGCAAACGACGGCAGCGGAGGAGACAGGGGUGGUGGCAGGCGAGGCGACGAGAACGACAGAGAUGAUCGCCACAGCGGCAAUGAUGGCCGGGAAAGCCCCGAAGGGAGAGACGACGCAGACGACGGCGGCGGACGAGACAGACGAGACGGCAGCCAAGGCGGCGACGAUGGACUUGACCCCGGCAACAGCGGCAACGAUGGUCAAGAGAGACCAGAGAGCAGAGACGACGCAGCUGGAUUGGACGAUCCGCUAAACGCCCCUGAUGACCUGGUAGACGUCCCUAUCGACGAGGUAAACGACGUUGCCGCUAGGAUAAACGCCUUGAUCGACUCGGGAAUCGCCCCUGAAGUCCUGUGGAAUGCGAUUCGUAACCGACCGCAGGGUGACCAAGAGCAGCAGGCUCCCGCCAGCGAUGCAAACCCGGCGCAUGGGGUCGUAAACCGGCCAGAAAGGGAGCCAAACCGGACCGACGACGGCGCAAACCAGGGGAGCGAUUUCGACAUCUCCGAGUUUGUGAAUCUCUCGCCGGAAUCAUUAAAAACUCAACGAACAAGCGAAAAAGAAGGCUCUUCCAGCACCCCCGAAAGACCAGCAAGCAGCUCUGAACCAGGCAGCGCAAGACCAGGCGACCCUCUGCACCCAGGGCCGACAAUGGGCCAUUCCGGACAAGACAACGCCGGCCGGCUCGUCGAGCCCCCAGAGCAACGACAAGUCAGCGCGGUGCGAGACAGGCCAGGCAGCAGGGCCGACGAGGCGCCCGAUGCCACUCCAGGGCUGCAGAACACCAGCAGCGCCCCCGCCUCGUCCAUUGCCACUCAGCAGGCGCAAAGCAGCGGCCGCGGCCCCGGCUCGCAGCCCCAUGUCGCUCGGCAGUCGCAGGACGACAGCCAGGCAUCGCGUUUGCAGGAUGAUGCAGAGACCUCAGCGGGUCCGGCCCAGCGUCCGGCCAACGCCUCUUCGCGCUUCGUUUGCCUGUUCUACCGACCCGGUCGUAGGAACCGCCAACGUCGUGGGCAAGCCUAUGAGGCUGGACCCCUGCUUCCUCGGCAGCUUCCUGCUCCUUCUGCCGCACCCGGUCCGUCGUCGUCGUCUACUUCUUCACAGUUUCCUCCCACGCAGUCUCUCGCAGGACAGUCUUCUGCUCCGCAAGCUCUCGUCACAGAGCCUUCAGUCCAAGGCUCUCUCGUGCGGUUCGGCAGGUGGAACAGAUAUAUAACACCAGAGAACUUGGGCACGUUGAACGACGUCCACAGACGGUCCACAGCCGGCUCCAGCAACCAGGCCAGGGUCACGCUCUUCGAGGAGAGCCACUCGUCGGUCAGGCGGAGGAACCAAGUCUUGAUUCGCAACCACAUGGAAAAGGUCCCCCUGAUGAUUCAACCAGCCAACUCAGCUGGCAAUAAGCCGGACGGCACCAGACGGUGCGACGAGCCGAACCUCGAAGGCAACGGCAAAUGCGACCGCCCCAUCGCCAACCACCAGGUUUGCGCAUCGCUGGACCACCCCGGCCCGUCGGGGCGAGGAUGGGGCGUCUGCGACCCCUGCGCGCAAGACAGUGCCGACGUCGUCGUCGGCGUCAGGCCCGGGUGGAGGCGCGUCGAGCCGGAAGAGCUCCUGAAGAUGCGGGCCUACUUCUGCAACGGCUGUGCCGUGUCAUAUAGCAGAAACAUGGGGUCCUUGCGCCGCCUUUUGCGCCACGGCGCGCGCACCAUCUGGGGAAGCGACUUCACCGACGGCCUCGAGGUCCAGGGCACGCUGACGGUCAAUGGCAACCCCGUCCACUUCCACAGAGACGCGCGACCGGCCACGGGUUGCGCGUGCGCGACCAAGAUGUUCCAGCAGCGCCUCUGCCGCGAGCACCGCUGCUUCUACAUCGAAAAGGCCCUUGCCAGCGUGACCACGGUGCGCAAUUGGCGCGACGAGAACCUGGGCGGCGAGCGGUGCGCCGGAUGCCUCCUUACCAUGUCGCCGGGUGAGGCAAACGUCGGCAACGGCCAUCCCAGCGCUUACGGCCAGCCCGUGGCGUGGAUCUGCAUGCAGUGCAACGACGCCGUUGUCAACCAGACGGGCCCCGGGCUGGUUCCGGGAUGGGAGUCGUGGUUCUCGCAGGCCCCGCAGGGCUGGGCGGCCGUGACCAACAAGGCGCCGGGAGACCCUGAGCCCAUGGAGGGUUAG